AUAUAACGAGCGCACUCUCUGUCAAGAGAUCCAAAAAUUGAUCAAGGAAUGGUCUUCAACACUAUCUGAGACUCCGCUCAUCUUCAUUCGCUGCAGCAGUUUCCACCGGGACGCUUUCUUCGGCGAAAAUCUCUUCAGUUCGAAAGAUUCGAGAAUGAGAACCCUCCCGUUUCAAACGAUCCGCCCCGGCCUCGACGAGAUCAAACGCGUCUACGCCUUGUUGGCGUCAAUUUUUGCUCACGGGCCAGAGGAAGAAUUUAUUCUCAAGCUGAAAAACAGCCGAGAGAAGACGCGGCAAGUGCUGACCAAAAAGCGAAAGGAGCAGGGAAUCGUGGCGAUCGCGGACAGUGACGAAGAAGAGAAGGCCUCUCAAGAAGCUGCCAAGUUGAGGCAAGAAAAAACCGAGCGCAAGAAGAUCGGGACCAUCGCCGAAAAAGAAGAGCGAGAAGCGUUGGACCCGUUUGCGGAUAUCGACAAGUUAUGGCGUGCUUCUUUAUACACUGGUGUUCGCAACGACGAUGCAGAGCAACUACAGACAUUCCUCGAUGCCGGCGUCUUUCCAUCGAUGAAAAACGAGAAGGGAGAAGUGCCGUUUGAUGUUUCUGCCGACAAGUCUGUGCGAAACCUGUUCAUGGCGUUCCGCAACAAACAGGCCGAGGUCAACGACAAGCUCGACUGGCGGUCAACACAUAUCCCGAUGCCGACGGCGAAGGCCGAAAAGGAUGAGGCACAGCUGGAGAUUGAGCGAGAGAAGAAGAGGGUGAAAAAGGAGCGACAACGGGAACGGCAAAAGGUGAAAAAGGCCGAGGAAAAGGUCGAAGCUGCCGAAAAGGCUGCUCAGGCCGAAUGGCUUUCGCUGUCAGACCGAGAGAGAAGAGCUCGAGCCGCUGAGGCCCGGAUGGCCAAGCUGGAGCCGAAGCAGGGCCCGAGAUGCUAUCAGUGCGGCGGUGUGAUGCCUGCGAAGCCGUUCAACUACUCCAAUUUCGAGUUCUGCGCCCCGGCGUGUGUGGCGCUACACCGGAAUUCACAACCGGCCGCCAAAAACAUA